GAAUUUAUGAUUGGUGAAUAUGCCUGUUAACAAAUCACCUAUGAUUAAUACAUAUGGAGGCAUAUCUUCGCCUUAUCAUGAAGAGAUCUGGAAAUUAAAUUUUCAACAUUUAAGUGGAGAAAGGAGUCAUAAAUCAAGGCCAACAUUUUCAAUCACAAAAGAAUUCAUCUUGAGAUUCAAUCAAACACAAAAUUCCAAAGAGAAGGAAGAAUUGUUGGAACUAGCUAGAAAAAUCAUUCUCAGAUGUAAGAGAAAAUUGGGUCUCAAAACCUUGGGCUCUGGGAAGCAUGUGCAUCUUCCUGCUGCAUGGAUUGAAGUAAUAUAUCUGGCUCAAUGCAAAGGGGAAAUCCAAGAUGAAGCUUUAAAUAUGCUUUAUGCAUCGCUGGACCAUGCUUCCUUUGAUUAUGAUCAUCUGCCUGCCUUAUUUUUUGUUGCGGAAUCGGUUUUAUACAGACUCUGUUGUGAUGCAUCCCUCAAAACAUAUUUAUAUUCAGUUGAAAUAAAGCUAGUAAAGAUUGGCUAUUUGGUCUUCUUACGACUUUUUAUAUUUUUCCUGCAUGGUCAUCUAGAAAGUUUUAAGCAACAUUUACUUAGGCUUCAACCAUAUUUAUACGCACUUUCUUUCUCUGGAGCAUCAUAUCACAAGUAUCCAAACAUCUUUUCAAAUGUGCAAUUCAUCCUGAAAGCCUCGGAAAUUAUAGGUAAAAGAGAACUCCGUUCUGAAUCAAUUUUUAGCCCUGUGGAAAAUAAGAAAAGACAUGAGAACACAGAUUCUGAUAUGGGAGGAUAUGAAAUUAACCACCUGCUCUGGCACUGUGUUGCUGCUUGGUCUUGUGUUCAGAAUAACAGUCCUCAGUUAAAUAAUGUGCUUGAACAUCUCAUCUUCCAUAAGACACAGCUUCAAAAGAAAUGCUGGUUGGAUUCAGUACUGGCUUUACUGGUCCUUGGGGAGGCUGCCAAAUUAAACAUGGCCUGCUUGAAAGCUUUAAUGGACAUAGUGAGAGAUUUUGUUUCAAGCAUUAUGUCUGUUCAAAAUCAGGGAGAAAGUUGUGAGGUAGAUGAUUUUUCCUGGGCCUGGAAUGUAGUCUACAUAUAUACAGUAAUUCUUGCAGAAAUCUGCUUGUAUGCAGCCACUUCUGAUUUGCGAAAAACUGCUCUAAUUGGUUUCUGUCGAUGUAAAAGUUCACGAAAAAAUAUUUUACGCUUGGACAAAUCAGUACCUCCAGAAUUAAAGGAAGCAAGUAUUUUAAGUCUUUUGGAAUAUUUCUCUUCAAAAAUGUCAGAGAAUUGUGAUCAAGUAGUCUGGACUGGUUACUAUGGCUUAGUGUAUAACCUGGUGAAAAUUUCAUGGGAACUUCAAGGAGAUGAAGAACAGGAUGGACUUAGAAAUAUAAUAUGGCAAACAUUGCAGAAAACAAAGGAUUAUGAGGAAGAUAUACGAAUCCAAAAUGCAAUCAAUAUCGCUCAGGCUGAGUUAAAUGACCCAACCGAUCCUUUCACCAGGUAUAGUACAAACAUCUCAUCAAAUGUAGGAGAAGAAGUUUUCUCCAAAUAUAUUGGGUGGAGAAUUGCCGACACUCUUUCCAAACUAUUCUUUCCCCCCAUUGAGGCCUGUGUUCUUCCUUUGAAGAAACCAUCAAUAAAAAAGGAUCAAACAAAAUAUCCGAAUAAAAAGCUGGAGUCCAUGAAAAAGAAAGUUCUACAUUUCACUGUAAGGGAACAUCCUUCUGUAUCAGAAAUUCCCAUGUUUCCAUAUCCAGAUUUCUUCACCAAGGCAGAUAAAGAGUUGGCAAAAAUCAUUGACCAUCACUGGCAGGAAGAGCUAAAGAUCCGUGAAAAAGAAGAUGCAAUAUGCAAGGCUCAAGAACUUAAAGAUAAAAAGUUAGCAGAGAAAAAACACUUUCAAGAAGUUAUGAAGAAAAGAGAAGAGAAACUACAUAAGCAAACUAAGCCCUAUGAGCUUCCGUACAGGAAGGAAGUAAUUAGAAAAGAAAAUGCCACCUCCCAAAAUUGAGGUCUACAUGGCAGAAAUACAUAGCAUGAAAAAUACCAAGAUAACUACAUAGUAAGAGAACUUCUUGUCAUUAAAUUGAGGUAUUGUUUAGAAAGAACUUGUUAUCCUGAUACAAGCUGUUUAAUAGUUAUUUCUUAGUUCUAAAUUAAUGACCAACUUUUAAUCACACUUGAAUGAAGUGAUUUCACUAGUCAAAAAUUUCCAAGACUACAUGUAGUAGUUUUCUCAACUGACAUUUAUCUCAUGAUUGUACAGCAUACUUGAUAACUGAUUCGCAGAACAUUGAUGUUCAUCAAACAGUUAGAUGGAAAUUCAUUACAAAUUAAUUAAUGAGUCACCAUACAAGAAUUAUUUCUUGAAAACAGAAUGAGCAUAAGCUAACAAUCCUGUAAUUACUAUUAUUCAAAUAAAAAUAUUAUGGCAUCUUACUUGAUUGGCAUUUUAUAAUCAAUUUAUACCAAACCAAACAAACCCUAUUUCAGAGAUUUGAAUCCAGAAGGUCUGGUCAUCUUAGACUGAUUGGCUUGAUCUUUAACAGAUGCCAGAGGGGACUCUUGAGAGAUGCUGGUUUUACUCUGUUCUGUGAGUUUAUGAGAAUGAAUUUGUAUGAUCCUGGAAGGUCCAGGAGUAACUGUUGAAAACAUUCGUACAGAUAGGAGUUAUUUUAGAAAUGGAACUUCACUUCACCUGAAGUUCGGAACCUAUGAGUAACAGUAACAGGGUGGAGUUUUUGUGAUGUCUUAUAUUCCUUUCCUGAAAACUGAAAAAUAUAGAUAAUAAUCAUACCUCAGUUUCACACAGGUGACUUGGUGAUACUCAAGAGACAGGGACUUUAUCAGGGGUGUCAAACCCAAAUGACUACCAGGUCAGAAAGGAAACAUAAAUUAGUGAAGCCGGCUAAGGAAUACCUAUCCUAUCUAGAGAAAUUUCCCACCACUUUGGUUGCAUUCUAAAAUGUAUGUCAGUAUUGUAAAAUCCUUCAGUCUUUCAAGAAGCUUUUAAAUGGGAUUACUUUUCAAAAAAAAAGCUAAGUAACCAAA